AUGGCAUCAGCCUACGAGGUUGGCACAAGAGCAUGGCAGCCAGAUACUGCUGAAGGUUGGGUGGCUUCGGAGCUUGUCAACAAGACCGUUGAUGGCUCCAAGGUUAAGCUGACCUUCCAGCUUGAGAAUGGCGAGUCCAAAGUUAUCGAGGUGUCUGUAGACGGCCUUGCGACCGGUAACGAUCCGUCUCUGCCCCCUCUGAUGAACCCAACAAUGCUCGAAGCCAGCGACGAUCUUACGAAUUUGUCUCAUCUUAACGAACCUGCUGUUCUGCAGGCAAUUCGGCUCCGAUACUUGCAAAAGGAGAUAUACACUUACAGUGGUAUCGUCCUUAUUGCCACCAAUCCAUUUGCCCGAGUCGAUUCUCUCUAUGUACCAGGCAUGGUUCAAGUUUAUGCCGGGAGGCAACGAGCGACCCAGGCUCCUCAUUUGUUUGCCAUUGCUGAGGAGGCCUUUAUGGACAUGCUUCGCGACAAGAAGAACCAGACUGUCGUAGUUUCUGGAGAGUCUGGAGCUGGUAAAACCGUCAGCGCCAAAUAUAUCAUGCGAUAUUUUGCGACCAGAGAGUCACCCGACAACCCUGGUGGGCGUUCCAAGCGUGGCGCCGAGUCCAUGAGCGAGACGGAAGAGCAGAUCCUUGCGACAAACCCUAUCAUGGAAGCGUUCGGUAACGCCAAGACGACUCGAAACGACAACUCGUCACGAUUCGGAAAGUAUAUUGAGAUCAUGUUCGACGAGCAUACGAAUAUUAUUGGUGCCAAGAUCAGGACUUACCUGCUCGAACGCUCUCGAUUAGUGUUUCAGCCUCUCAAGGAGCGAAACUAUCAUAUCUUCUAUCAACUUAUUGCUGGUGCCUCCGAUAAGGAGCGGGAGGAGCUUAGCCUCCUACCUAUCGAAGAGUUCGAAUAUUUAAACCAAGGAAACUGCCCUACGAUUGAUGGCGUGGAUGACAAAGCCGAGUUCGAGGCGACCAAGAAGUCGCUCUCAACUAUUGGUGUUACAAAUGACCAGCAAUCGAGCAUCUUCAAACUACUGGCCAGUCUUCUGCACCUUGGAAAUGUCAAGAUUACUGCAUCCCGCAAUGACAGUGUCUUGGCUCCGAACGAGCCUUCUCUGGAGCGUGCUUGUGAUAUCCUUGGUAUCAAGGCCGAGGAGUUUGCCAGAUGGAUUGUCAAGAAGCAGCUGGUUACCCGUGGCGAGAAAAUCACCUCGAACCUCAGUCAAGCACAGGCCAUCGUUGUUCGAGAUUCCGUCGCCAAGUUUAUCUACUCAAGCCUCUUCGACUGGCUCGUUGAUAUCAUCAACCACAGUUUGGCUGCUGAGGAAGUUCUGAGUCGAGUGACUUCAUUCAUCGGUGUUUUGGAUAUCUACGGUUUCGAGCAUUUCGCCAAGAACUCGUUCGAACAGUUCUGUAUCAACUACGCCAAUGAGAAGCUUCAACAAGAGUUUAACCAGCACGUCUUCAAGCUUGAGCAGGAAGAGUACCUGAGGGAACAGAUCGACUGGACAUUUAUUGACUUCUCCGAUAACCAGCCUUGUAUUGAUCUAAUUGAAGGCCGAAUGGGUAUUCUGUCUUUGCUCGACGAAGAGUCCCGUCUUCCCAUGGGAUCAGAUGAGCAGUUUGUUACCAAGCUUCAUCACAACUUCACCCCUGACAAGCACAAAUUCUACAAGAAGCCUAGGUUCGGAAAGUCAGCUUUCACUGUUUGCCAUUAUGCCAUCGACGUCACAUACGAGUCCGAGGGUUUCAUUGAGAAGAACAGAGAUACUGUGCCUGAUGAGCACAUGGCUGUCCUUCGAGCUACAAGCAACGAGUUCCUCAAGACGGUCCUAGAUGCUGCCACAGCUGUACGAGAGAAGGAUGCCGCCUCAUCGUCUUCCAACGCCGUUAAGCCCGCUGCUGGUAGGAAGAUUGGCGUGGCCGUCAACAGGAAGCCCACACUAGGAGGUAUCUUCAGAUCCUCACUUAUCGAGCUUAUGAGCACCAUCAACAACACUGAUGUUCACUACAUCCGAUGUAUCAAGCCUAACGAGGCUAAGGAAGCCUGGAAGUUCGAAGGACCUAUGGUUCUUAGUCAGCUCCGUGCUUGUGGUGUUCUCGAGACGGUCCGCAUUAGUUGUGCUGGUUACCCUACUCGUUGGACAUAUGAGGAGUUUGCUCUCCGAUACUACAUGCUGGUGACGUCUGAUCAAUGGACUUCGGAAAUUCGUGAGAUGGCCGAUGCGAUCCUUAAGAAGGCGCUCGGGUCAAGCAGCACCAAGGGCCUGGAUAAAUACCAACUUGGUCUCACUAAGAUUUUCUUCCGGGCCGGUAUGCUUGCUUUUUUGGAGAACCUACGCACCACUAGACUCAACGACUGUGCGAUUAUGAUCCAGAAGAACUUGAGAGCCAAGUACUACCGACGACGCUACCUCGAUGCUCGCGAGGCCAUCAUUAUGACACAGUCUGCCAUCAGGUCUUGGAAGGCGAGAAAACAGGUCCAGGAGCUUCGUACCAUCCGGGCCGCCAUAUCUAUCCAGCGUGUCUGGAGGGGAUACAAGCAGCGCAAGUACUACGUACAGUUCAGGAAGGAUAUGGUCCUCUUCGAAUCCAUCGCCAAGGGAUACCUCCGACGAAAGAACAUCAUGGAGGAACGACUCGGUAAUGCCGCUCUCAAGAUCCAACGUGCCUGGCGAUCGCGAAGGCAAAUUAGGUCAUGGAGGCAGUAUAGAAAGAAGGUCAUUCUCAUCCAGAGUCUGUGGCGUGGAAGAAUGGCGCGAAAGGAGUACAAGACUGUUCGUGAGGAGGCUCGUGACUUGAAGCAGAUUUCAUACAAGCUUGAAAACAAGGUUGUUGAGUUGACGCAGUCUUUGGGCUCCAUGAAGGAGAAGAACAAGGGUCUUGCGUCACAGGUUGAGAAUUACGAGGGACAAAUCAAGUCGUGGAAGAAGCGACACAACGAUCUUGAAGCUCGAACCAAGGAGCUUCAGACUGAAGCUAAUCAGGCUGGUAUCGCAGUCGCCCGACUGCAAGCGAUGGAGGACGAGAUGAAGAAGCUUCAAAUCGCAUUUGACGAGUCAACAGCCAACAUCAAGAGAAUGCAAGAGGAGGAGAGAGAACUCCGAGAGUCUCUGCGAACCACAAACACAGAGUUGGAGACAGCGAGGAGAUCAAGCACUCAACACGAGAAGGACAACAGCAGUCUCAGACAGGAACUCGAAUCUCUUCGAGACGCCCUCGAGCUGGCUCGAAGGAACGCACCCAUCAACGGAGAACUCGCCAAUGGGGCAGCCCCUGCGGCAUCAGCACCCUCUGGUCUCAUCAACCUUGUUGCGUCCAAGAAGCCUAAGCGCAGGAGUGCCGGAGCCGAACCGCGCGAUCUUGAUCGCUUUAGUGGUACCUAUAACCCUCGACCGGUUUCCAUGGCUGUUACUAGCACGGCUCAUCGUCAGAAUCUUUCUGGCUCGACUUUUCUUCCUGGCGUCGAUAAUAUCGAGAUGGAACUCGAGACACUUCUCGCAGACGAGGAUGGUCUCAAUGAGGAGGUGACGAUGGGACUGAUCCGAAAUCUCAAGAUCCCCUCCCCCAGCACUACUCCACCGCCAUCGGACAAGGAGGUAUUGUUCCCUUCAUACCUUAUCAACCUGGUCACAUCCGAGAUGUGGAACAACGGUUUCGUGAAAGAAUCGGAACGCUUCUUGGCCAACGUGAUGCAAUCCAUUCAGCAGGAGGUUAUGCAGCAUGAUGGUGACGAGGCUAUUAACCCCGGCUCUUUCUGGCUGUCAAACGUGCACGAGAUGUUGUCCUUCGUAUUCCUUGCUGAGGAUUGGUAUGAAGCUCAAAAGUCGGACAACUAUGAGUAUGACCGACUUUUGGAGAUUGUCAAGCACGACCUCGAGAGCUUGGAGUUCAACAUCUACCAUACAUGGAUGAAGGUGUUGAAGAAGAAGUUGCAUAAGAUGAUCAUUCCUGCCAUCAUUGAGUCUCAGUCUCUUCCUGGUUUUGUUACCAACGAAAGCAGCCGAUUCUUGGGCAAGCUCCUUCAGUCAAAUUCGACUCCAGCCUAUAGCAUGGACAACCUGCUCAGCCUCCUGAACAGCGUCUUCCGUGCAAUGAAGGCAUACUACUUGGAGGACUCGAUCAUUACACAGACCAUCACCGAGCUGCUGCGGUUGGUGGGCGUGACAGCGUUCAACGACCUGCUCAUGCGAAGAAAUUUCCUCUCUUGGAAGCGUGGUCUGCAGAUCAACUACAACAUCACCCGUAUCGAGGAAUGGUGUAAGAGCCACGAUAUGCCCGAAGGCACGCUUCAGCUGGAGCAUUUGAUGCAAGCAACCAAGCUUCUUCAACUCAAGAAGGCCACCCUGAACGACAUAGAAAUCAUUCAGGAUAUCUGCUGGAUGCUAUCACCAAACCAGAUCCAGAAGCUGCUCAACCAAUACUUGGUCGCCGACUACGAGCAGCCUAUCAACGGCGAGAUCAUGAAGGCAGUUGCCUCGCGUGUGACUGAGAAGAGCGAUGUUCUUCUCCUCCAAGCUGUCGAUAUGGACGAUAGCGGUCCUUAUGAGAUCGCCGAGCCUCGAGUCAUCACAGCACUUGAGACCUAUACACCCUCUUGGCUCCAAACUCCUCGCCUGAAGAGACUGGCCGAGAUCGUUUCAGCACAGGCUAUCGCCCAGCAGGAGAAGUUUGAUUACACCGACGGCGAAGACUACGAAGACGGCCAUAAUGAGCUUCCAGGCGUUGAUGAGGUGGAAGUAGAGCAGUAA